CCGAGGAUGGUGCGGUUACAAAUAUCGGUAGUGUUUAUGAUCAUGUUCUUUAUUCUGGAAUUCCGUGGUCUUUCUGGUAUUCCGUAUGAGCGGGGAGAAGCAUUGGCAAUGCAGAUAGCAGAUGAGCUGGCCGACUUACUGGAAUACAGUAAAGCCACCGAGGCGGCGGACGCGGAAAACCUGGUACGCAUAACAAAAUGGAAUCGGAAACGACUGUUACAGGAGAGGUUGCGCUUUGGUGAGGUCCUGGACGCCGUAUCUGCCGACCAAAGUGACAUCCGAAAGGUGGUUCGAGAUCGGCAGCAACUGACGGUUAAACACAGACCAAAAAGGGCCUGUACAAUCCCAGGUUGGUGUGGUUCAAGCGGCAAGAGAACCGGCAACGGCAAAUGAUGGCCGGGAUGAUAGGAUGUGCUCCCGGAAUCUGUUUUAUGAGAUGUAUUUCUAUGCUG